AUGUUGAGGCAGUCUUGGGACAGACACUGCCUAAGAUGCAGAGGCACAAGCAUCUCUGGGCCCUAUGUUACUGAUGGAGGUGUUACUGAUGGGGGUGUUACUGAUGGGGGUGUUACUGACCUGCCCGGAGAACCGAGUGAGCCCGUGGCCAAGCCGACCCCAACCAGCAUGGCCGGCAGUGAGUCGGACCUGAGCCCAGCCCCGCCAUCGCCUACAGAGCCAAUGCCUUCGAAGAAGCGCAAGCGGCCAGUAAAAGCAUUCCGCGAGGGCACGCGUAAGAGUGCUAGACACAGGUCCUAG